AUGAUUGCUCUCGCCCUUUUGGCCCCCCUUCUGGCGGGCCAGACCAUCGGGUCUGUUUCGCCUUCACUCAAGCGAGACGACAGCAAGAGCAAUGCCUUCACUCCAGGAACGACCGACGGCUGCCCAGCCGGCUGGCCUACCUGCGGCUCCAGCGGCAUCUGCUACAACCCAGACGAAGGAGCAACCUGUUGUCCAGGAGGAACUUAUGCCUGCCCCUCCUCCACCUUCUGCCUGCUAGAUCCCUACUGCUGCCCCGACGACCUCACGCCCGAAUCCUGCGCGAAAGAAUAUGGCCUCACUCUUGUCCCGACAAGCCCGCCGUCCGAGUCAACGACAUUUCCGCCACCUAAACCAAGCGAUAGCGAUAGCGAGAACGACAGUGGUGGUCACCACCGACCGACCGCGCACCCGACGUCAUCGGAUUCCGCGAACAGCAGUAUCACCCUUAGUCCGACACCUAUCCGGACAAGCUCAGUUGUGCUGUGGCCGAGUCUGAGUGUUAUCCCGACGGGGAGUCCCAGUGCGGGACAGGAGCCGGCCUAUACAGGGACGGGCGGGAGUUGGCGAGUGAGAGGUGGAGAGUUGGCGACUAUUGCUGGUGCUGGGGCUUUAGCCAUAGGGGUGCUGUGCUGGGUUUGA